AUGAAAAAAAAUUCUAGAGCUUAUGGUGAUAUUUUCACUAUUAAAAAUAUCCUUGAUGCAGCCGGCGUAGAUUUGAAUAAUAUAUCAGAUGCACCUUCUGCUAAUCAAACGGCUGGUGAAACUAUUCGAUCAGCUGGAAUAGUUAUUGUUAUUGUGAUCGAAUACAAAAAUGUCCCUUUUAAGAAAGCAUCUAUAGUCCUACUGACAAUUCAUUUACCAUUAUAG